UGGGCAUUUCCGCAGAACUUGGGCUUCGCAUAACCCACGAUGGCUCCUGGUUUACUUGCGAAUGGUUGGCAUGACGAUGUCGCUCUCCCGCCCGAGUCGACACAAACACGCUACCCAUAUGAAAACCUUGCCUUUGACCCAAAACUACAACCCAAGAGAUAUGAAAUAGCAGGGACGUCUCCGUCUUCAAAGAUAUUAUUCCUCGGCGUGAAUAUUCUGGACUCUACAGGAAAAGAGCCGUAUCGAGGAGAUGUCUACAUUGAAGGCGAGCGCAUCGUCGCUGUUGGAUCUGUGCCUCGAGUUGAACACCUCCAAGCUCAACCAGACGUGCGGGUAAUCCAAGGACGCGGCCGUACCCUCAUGUCGGGAUUGGGAGAUUCGCACACUCACUUGACGUGGAACAACAACGCCCUUGAGCUGUUGGGUGAUGUCAGCGUGGAAGAGCACGUGUUGAUCACCGUCAAGUCUGCGUUAUGCUACCUCGACUCUGGUUACACAAUGUGUUAUGGAGCCGCGUCAGCGAAAGACCGGCUGGACUGCGUGGUCAGGGACGCCAUCAACCGGGGCGAUAUACCUGGCCCUCGAUACCUCGCCAAUGGACGGGAGAUCGCUCGAAGGGACGGCGAAUUGGCCGCUGGCAUCACCGCUUUCGCUGAUGGGCCGUUGGAGAUGCGAGAAGUCAUCAGACAUCACGCUCGGAUCGGGGUCGACCAGAUCAAGCUGAGCAUGUCGGGCGAAUCGAUCACUGAAACGAGAUCCGCAGAAGAGUGUUUCUUCGCCGACGAAGAGACGGCGGCUUUGCAAGCCCACCGCAACGGCCUGAGGGUUUGCUCUCAUGCUCGGGCACGAGACUCGGUCAUCCAAUGCGUCAAACACGGCGUGGACGUGAUCUACCAUGCAUCGUACACCGACGACGUGGGAAUGAACAUGCUCACAAAAGCACGGCACAAGCACGUGGUCGCGCCGGCGAUCAACUGGCUCUACACGACCGUCCACGAGGCCGAGCCCUUUGGAUACACGUUUGAGAAGGCCGAGCAGGUAGGCUACAAGAAGGAGCUGGAGGUCGCCAUCACGGCCCUGAAGGAAAUGAACAAGCGAGGAAUCACGGUUCUUCCCGGCGGUGACUACGGGUUCGCGUGGUGUCCUCACGGCACGUACGCGCGCGACCUCGAGCAUUUCGUCAAGCUGCUCGACUUUACGCCGAUGGAGUCCAUCAUCGCCGCCACGGCCGGCGUGGCCAAGCUGUUCAUGCAGGAGGGUGAACUGGGCAAGAUCCUGCCGGGAUACUACGCCGACUGCAUCCUCGUCAACGGCGACCCCCUCCAGGACAUUGCCGUGCUCCAGAACCACGACAAGCUAGACGUGAUCAUGAUCAAUGGCAGGAUCCAUAAGUCAUCUCCGGCCGAUUUUGUGGUUGUCCAGCCUGCUGCUCCAUCACCACAACCGAAGAACCCACACAACUUUGUCACUUUCGAAGACGACCUAGGCAGGGCCCGUGUCGGUCAUCUGGACCUCGAGACUUCGCUCGUGCACACAUUGGCGAUGCCGUCGGGGUCUCCCUUGAGCAAUCUACAGCAGGUGAUCGAAUUAGGGCACGAUACAAUCGUCCAGACGGGGGAUUCCUUCCCGCUGUCGUCGGUCAAGUUAUUGGCUCCAAUCACCGACCGGGAUAUCGUGUGUGUCGGGAACAACUACGCGGAUCACGUCAAAGAGUACCGAGAGAGCGGGUAUGACGUGCAGAAGAUCCAACAGAAAGCUUCCUUCCCGACGAUCUUCACGAAGCGCAGCACCAGCGUCAUCGCCGCAAAUGAGGACAUCUACGCCCACCCGGGCUUCACCGGCUGUCUCGAUUAUGAGGGCGAAGUCGGCGUCAUCAUCGGCAAGCCGGGGUUCGGCAUCAGCGAGAAGGACGCCAUGGAGCAUGUCUGGGGCUACACAAUCAUCAACGACGUGACGGCGAGAGAAAAACAGCGGGACCACGGCCAGUUCCUGAUGGGCAAGUCGCCAGACACAUUCUGUCCCAUGGGCCCCAUCGCUGUUCCUAAGGACUCCUUGCCGGAGACGUUGCACGUCCAGACAUUUGUGAACGGCGAGAAGCGCCAGGAUGGGACCACGGCAGACCUGAUCACGUCGAUUCCCCAGUUGAUCGAGGUCAUCUCGGCCGGCUUGACCCUCCAAGCAGGCGAUGUCAUCGCGACAGGGACACCCGCCGGCGUGGGUGUCGGCUUCCACCCACCGAAGUUCCUCAGGCCGGGAGAUCUAGUCGAGGUGUCUGUGACCGGCCUCGGCAAGCUGAGCAAUCGGGUGUCAGACAAAAGGCCGAAUGCCCUGGCGAGACAGCCCGGGUCCAGGCUCCCAGUGUACAACCUGGAGCGCACGUGGGGGGCGGCCGGGCUGACGCGCGUGGGCGACAAGAUGGUCAACGUGCGAGAAAUCGGAUCCGGGUCCGACACGGUCGUCUUCGUCCACGGCUUGGGCGCUUCGUCGGAGUACUACGCGCCGCUGAUCCAGGAAGCCGGCCUGGACGCGAGCCGUCGCCUCAUUCUCUACGACCUGGAGGGCCAUGGGCUGACGCCAACGGCCGCCUCGUCGGUCGUGAGCGUCGAGUCGUACGUCGCCGACCUCGAGCAUCUCUUCUCCGCCAAGGACAUCACGAGGGCCACCGUCGUGGGCUGGUCUCUGGGCGGACUGAUCGCCAUGCUCUUCGCCGAGCGCCACGCCUCGGCAGUCGAGAAACUGGUCCUGCUCGGCCCAGGACCCAAUCCUUUCCCCGAAGGCGCCGUCAAGGUCUUCAGCGACAGGGCGGCAUCGGUCCGAGCAAAGGGGAUGGACGCCUCCGGGGUGGCCCAGGCCGUUGCCAGCGCGGCCACCUCGCCUCGCACCCAGCGGCAGUCUCCCGUGCUGGUGUCGGCGGUGCGACAGUCUCUACUCGCGACGCACCCGGAGGGGUAUGCGAAAGGGUGCACGGCCCUGGCCAAGUCGAAGGAUACAACGAUCCGCAUCGAGAGGCUGGAUGUGCCCGCGCUGCUGAUCGCGGGGCGGGACGACAAGAUCUCCCCACCCGCCCUCGCCGACACGUACGCCAGGCGGCUGCCGAAUGCGAAACUGGAGGUCCUCGAGGGCGUGGGCCAUUGGCACGUCAUUGAAGACGUCGGGGCGGUUGCGCGAGCCCUGCGCGGCUUCUUGUGAGAGCGUUUAUCAUGAAGGUCCAGGGGUCAGAGCGCGCCACGGCGACUGGAUGCAUGGGAGGAACGAGCAGAGAGGUGGAUUUGGGGAUUCGACCCUUUGAGGAAGAGCAGCUGAACAAAACCGGUCUCAAGGGGUCGAAAAUAAGGAAAGAAAAGCAGGAGAACCGAGGGACGAGCCUCAGAGAUACGAGGUCAAAGAGGGCGAAGAGGGCGAAGAGGGCAAAAGUUGUCAUGACAUUCAAUCAAAGGCUUUUUGGAGGUACAAUUCAG